AUGGGCUGGGAUUCGAAUUCUCCUGCCACUGAGCAGAACCCAUCGCCUGGGGUAGACUUCGAUGCUGUGGGUAUCUUCUGGACUGCCUUUGCGGCUGCCUGGACGGGCAUUAUUGUCUCUGGAAUGGUGUUUCUCUUCAUGAAGCGCGACAUGCCCUUUUUAAGGGUUCGUUCCCUCUCCUUGUCCUUCGGCGCCGUCAUCCUGCUCCACCUGUACUGGCUUGCUGUGCAAUUGGGCUAUGUCUACGGUGCCCUGAUGCCCGCGGCGGUUGAGUACUGGAUCAUGAGCAUCUACGUCCCCUUCGGCAUCGCCCUCUUCCAGGCGUCCAACACACAGCUACUCCAUGUCUCCAAAGCGCAAAAGAAAUUUGUUCGACAUGAGAGCAUUUCCAGCAUUCGUCCAAGACUCGAACCCGUCAAGCCGUCGUACCUCCGCAUCCACCGCAAGCUCGACUACCCGACAAGAAUGUUGUUGUAUGUCAGCAUUGGCAUGAUGUUCCAGCUCUUCUUGACGACCAUUAUGUUCCUUGUCUCGCGCAAAUUCCACGACGAGUUUGGCAUUGCGGGAACCGAAGUCACCGGGACCGACGCCGAACGAAAAGCACAACAGGGCAAGGGUUGGGAAUGGUGGCCGUCGGUCUUCUGGCAGGUCUUUUGGGCUUGGAUAUUCGCUCCCAUUAUCCUCUGGAAAGCUCGUAGGAUCGAAGAUACACAUGGCUGGCGCCUUCAGACCAUGGCUUGCUGCCUGGCGGGGUUACCCGCGAGUCCGAUGUGGCUGAUCGCUCUUUACGUGCCACAAAUGGCCCCGGUCAACGAGUAUUUCAUUCCACCACAGUGGAUUGCCGUCUCCAUCAUGGUCCUCGAGAUCUUCACUAUAAUCCUGCCCUGCUUCCAAACUCUGAGACAUCGGGCACUACAACAAGAAACGCUCGAUUCGAUUGCUCGUUGGGAAUCAAGGAAUAAGACAAAGCCCGUAGAUGACUCCGUUUCAGACUCUUGGAAAUCUCUUGCUGGGAUGGGCAAGGCAGGCUCAGUCUACUCCAGCAGUGAUAGCGUUCUCGUGAUUGGAGCUCUCGAAUAUGUCUUGGAGAAGAACCCUGAACCUCUGCGCCAGUUUUCGGCGUUGAAGGAUUUCUCGGGUGAGAACAUCGCGUUCUUAAUGAGUGUUGCAGAGUGGAAGGCCUCGCUCCCGCCGGCUGCGAUAGACGACGCGAGUGACGGGCCUGGCAGGAGUAUUGCUCGCGAACUUGUGAGACAAAAGUUUAACCACGCCCUGCGCAUCUACAACGACUACAUCAGUCCGCGUGGAGCUGAGUUUCCCAUCAACAUUGCUUCUGCGGAGCUUAGGAGACUUGAGGUUGUUUUUGAGGAUGCCGCACGCGUCAUGUUUGACACUAAGGAGGUCGUCAAUCCUAUUUGCCCAUUUGAGAUGGUAGAGACUUCAUCCUCAUCCGAGCUCACCGCCGUUGGCUCUGAAAACAGUAAUAUCGAAAAGGACGAGAGGAAAACCUCCAGCACGGAUGGAGUCUUGUUCUGGGGUGAGAUUCCCGAUGCUUUCAACGCUACUGUGUUUGAUGAAGUCGAGAAGAGCAUUAAAUACCUGGUGUUAACCAACACAUGGCCCAAGUUUGUCAGGGAGAGGCGAGGUUCAUCGGAGACACUGCGAUCGGAGGAAUGCUGA